GGUCUCGCAGUCGCGCCGCUGAUUGGCUGUUGGUGGACCUGUUCCUAGCCCGGGGGUUCUGGACUUGGGGUCGAACUUCGGGGAACUGAGUUAUGGCUUCCUUGAAACCGCUGUUGCGCGAACUGCAGGGACCUCUGCUCCCACUCAAGGACCUGGUGGAGGAGAGCGAUGACUACUUGGAGGAGGAUGAGGAGGAUGAAGAGCCGAUGUUCGUCGAUGCCGAGGAGCUCUGCAGUGGAGGCCUAAAGGCUGGCAGCCUCCCUGGGCGCCUCCGGGUUGUGAUUUUUGAUGAAAACACUCAAGAGAAGUGUGAAGUGCUUGGACGUUUUCCAUUAACGGGUCCUUGGUGGCGAGUGAAGGUACAAGUAAAGCCCGUGAGAUCAAGGAACUAUCAAGUUCAAGGAUUUCCAUCUUACUUUUUACAAUCUGAUAUGUCACCACCAGAUCAAAAACAUAUCUGUUCCCUCUUUCUUAAAGACUGUAAUGUCCCCAGUGAUCAUAUAAAUAAAUUUUUAGCGUGGGUAUCUAAAGUAUCAAGCUUUAAAGACCUCAACUUUGAAAAUCUUUGGGAAACAUUAAGAACUUUCUACAAAGAACUUGGGAGGAAUGGUCAAAAACAAUCGACACAGACUGAACAGAAAGAGUCCCAACCAGAUCAUGAGAUGUGCCUUCCUGUGGAAAACACAAUUCCAUUUAUAAAUGUAAUGACAGCGUUGCGGUUUCCAAAAAUAAUGGAAUUCCUUCCAGUUCUUCUGCCUCGACACUUUAUACAGCUAAUAAGCUCAGGUUCCAAAGAGGUGCUGGAAAAGAUAGAAGAGAUUUUAGGUGCAUGUCCGUGGAAACUUGGGUUUAGUAAAAUAACCUACAGAGAACUGAAGCUUUUGCGAUGUGAGGCGAGUUGGACAGCGUUUUGUGAGUGCAAGUCUCUUAUCCAGUUGAUGAAUGAUUUAGAGAAGAAUGCAUUAAUAAUAUAUUCUAAACUGAAACAGAUAUGUAGAGAGCAUGGGCACACGUAUGUAGAAGAAGCUGAUUUAACCUCUCAGUUGUCAGACCAAAUGUCUUUUCUUGAUGUUUGGAUGUCUCUGAAGUUUUUGAAGGAUAUCAAUGUGGUGACAUAUAAGAGGGCCUGUAUUUUUCCUUAUGACCUUUAUCAGGCUGAAAGAGACAUUGCCUCUUCAGUAGGUGACCUGAUGAUGAGGCCUCCAUGGCAUUUACACGUCGAUGUCAAAAAGGUGCUUGCGUCUAUUCAUAUCACAAAACCUGAGAAUUCAAGAAGUGAUGAUACAUUGAAUGAAAGUAAACCUGAUGAAACAAGCUUAGAAACUUCUGCGGACAUUCUGAAUGCACAGGAGAGUGGUGACCAUAUUUGGGAUACGGGUGAAAAUGAAGAUGAUGCAGAAAUAAGUGACGAUCAACUGGAUCAGGAUCAGGUGGCUGCUUUGAAAAUGAUUUGCUCCAAUGCUGUGACCGUCAUAAGUGGGAAAGGUGGUUGUGGGAAGACCACAAUUGUUAGUCAUCUUUUUAAACAUAUAGAGGUAUUGGAAGAAAGAGAAGUGAAAAAAGCUUGUGAGGACUUCGAACAAGACCAGGAUGUGCCAGAAGAAUGGAUUGCCUUUACCGAGCAAAGUCCACUGAAGGCAGACAAGGCUAUAGAAGUUUUACUUACAGCACCUACAGGGAAAGCAGCUGGCUUACUGAGACAGAAAACUGGUUUUAGUGCUUAUACGCUAUGUCAGAUCAAUUUUAGCUUCUAUUUAUGGGAUCAAAAAUCAACCAAGGACAGUCCAUGGAAGUUUUCUUCGGUGAAAGUUCUGGUUGUGGAUGAAGGGAGUUUGGUAUCUGUAGGGAUCUUCAGAUCCGUUUUAUAUUUAUUACUUGCGCAUUCCAAACUUUCUAAGCUUAUUAUCCUCGGUGAUAUUAGACAGUUACCCAGCAUUGAACCUGGUAACUUGCUGCAAGACCUUUUUGAGACUCUUAAGUCAAGAAAUUGUGCUAUUGAACUAAAGACAAAUCAUAGAGCAGAAUCUGAGCUAAUUGUGGACAAUGCUACAAGAAUCUCAAAACGCCGAUUUCCAAAAUUCGAUGCAGAGCUGAACAUUUCUGAUAAUUCAACACUCCCUGUCUCAGUACAAGAUAAAACAUUUAUUUUUGUCAGACUCCCAGAAAACGAUGCCAGUUCUCAGUCGUCGAAAAGUGAUCAUCACUCUCAUUUAUAUUCUGCUGUUACAACUUUACUUAAAGAAAACGACCUACAAUGUGCAGAAACAUCACAAUUUAUUGCGUUUAGAAGGCAAGACUGUGAUGUCAUCAACGACUGCUGUUGCAAGCACUACACAGGCCACUUAGUCAGAGACCAUAAGAAUAGACUUAUAUUUGGAGUUGGUGAUAAAAUUUGUUGUACUAAGAAUGCAUAUCUCUCGGACUUACUGCCUGAAAAUACCUCCAGCAGUCAGCAAAAUAAAGAACUAGAGGCCAGCAGUGAAGUCUGUAAUGGUACUGCUCAUGGUUUUGCUAAUAAUAAGCAUGACUUUGAAAGUGGCAUUAGACUCUGCAAUGGAGAAGUAUUUUUCAUAACACAUGAUAAAACUGAUAUAACUUCUGGAAAGAAAAGAUUUUUGACCAUUAAUAAUAGGGCUGGCCUGGAAGUAACUGUGGAUUUUAGGAAACUAAUGCAAAAUUGUCGCAUAAGACAUGCCUGGGCAAGAACUAUUCACACUUUUCAGGGGUCUGAGGAGCAGACCAUCGUCUACGUGGUUGGGAAGGCGGGCCGCCAGCACUGGCAGCACGUUUACACCGCGGUGACCAGGGGUCGUUGCAAAGUGUACGUCAUUGCAGAAGAGUCUCAGCUCCGGCGUGCAAUUUCGAGAAACAAUGUCCACAGGAAAACUCGUUUAAAGUGUUUUUUGCAAAACGAGCUCUCCACGAGCUCUGCAUCUCCAGCAGAUUUUGCAACGCCGUCAAAGAGCUCUGGAGACAGUGGAGGCCGCAGCACACAGCCGUCGUCGCCACUCCCCACGGGCACAGCUGACGUUGGGACAAACCACGCCCCUGGAGGCGGGGCCUCUGCUGCUGAUAGCAAGACAUUCGCCUUUGCUGGAGGAUGGAUAUUACCUUUAUCUGAUGAAGUGGAUACAGAUGAAGACCCGUCAAAAUCUCGAGGGUCCAAAAGAAUCUGUGGCAUGAAUGUUGAUGAAAGUCCAAGCAAAAUUCGUAUGGUGGAAGAAUCUCCACAAGUAUCUUCCAAGCUUCAGAAUCUGAAACUUAAUAGUUUAACCCCCAGGCAACUUUUCAAAUCCACAGAUAAUCAAGAAACUUAAUUUGAUUUCAGAUUGCUCAAGUAAUUGUCUCUUUUUUCCCCAUUCAACACAAAAUGAACAUCAAAGCUUCAAAGUAUCAGGAUAAAAGAGGAUGUCUGUAACUAGAAUUUUAUUUUGAGGUAUUUGUGUUAGCAGCUGUUUUAAAUUCACUUGAUCAAAGAAAAUGUUAAUGAUUUUAAUAUCUGUCACGAGAACUGGUAGCACUGGAUAUAAAUGAGAGAAAAAGAUGUUAUAUGUAUUUUAAAAAGUCUAUACUUUAAAAAGUGUUUUCUUUUUAGGAUAAUGCCUUAUUAACUUCCAUGAUCAUUGUGAGCGAUCUUUGCCAACGAGAUGAAGCAAUGGUAAAGAUAACCAUAGUAAUUGCAUCUCUUAUGACACCAGUUCCAGCCGGGAUGUUGUGACUUCUGCAAAGUGGUCAUCUCUCGAGGCUGCUAUUUGCUUCAUCACUGUUGCCUGGCUCCACUUCAUCUGGGUUUUUUCAUGGAAAUUCCUUUUGAGUUGGGAGCUCAUUGUUUUGGGUCCCCCCCGCCCCACCCCCCGCCAUUUAUUUAAGAUUUAAUUGACAUGUAACAUUGUGUAAGUUUAAGGUGUACAAUGUGUUGAUUUGAUAAACAUAUUGCAAUAUGAUUACCACUGUAGCAUUAGCUAAAACCUGUCAUAUCACAUAAUUCUUAUUUUUGGAGGGAGUACAUUGUUUUGAAGAUAUUCUGUUUUGGAAAAAAUUUUUCUGAUUUUAUUUUUUUUUAAGUUUUAUUUUUUUAAAAAAUGAUAAAAGAAAAAAUUAAGAGGAAAAAUUUAUCCAUUAUCCCAAUGUUUUAAAAAGUCUUAUUGAGAUAUAAUUCACAGAGAAUUCACCCAUUUGUACAAUUAAGUGGCUUUUAAUAUAUUCAUGGAAUUGUGCUACCAAAAGCACACUCAAUUUCAGAAUAUUUUUAUAUAACCCCAAAAAGAAAUCCUGUACCUCUAAGCUCUAAUCCCCUCAUCCCCUACAGCCCUGGGCAACUAC